ACCCCAGUAGCUAGGGAUGUCCUGCCGACAGCACAACUCUUGCAGGACCACGUCGCAGUGACGGUGAUGCGUGAUAACAUGAAAAGUAAAUCGACAACGUGCGUUUUUACACUUGAUGGGCAGAUCAUGUAAGAGGGAGGUAUGAUGGAGCUGUUGCUCGCCCUUUCAUGGUUGAUACUAGGAGCUUUCAGCCCUGUUGUUGUUGGCAACCAAGACGCAAAACGUCUCUACGAUGAUCUUCUAUCAAACUACAACCGCCUCAUCAGACCUGUCGGCAACAACUCAGAUCGACUCACCGUCAAAAUGGGUCUCAAACUAUCCCAGCUAAUCGAUGUGAAUUUAAAGAACCAAAUCAUGACCACCAACGUUUGGGUCGAACAGGAAUGGAACGAUUAUAAGCUAAAGUGGAAUCCGGACGAUUACAACGGCGUUGAAACUCUCCAUGUUCCAUCUGAACACAUUUGGCUUCCAGACAUUGUACUUUAUAACAAUGCCGAUGGCAACUACGAGGUAACAAUAAUGACCAAAGCCAUCCUUCACCACACGGGUAAAGUAGUAUGGAAACCCCCAGCAAUCUAUAAGUCUUUUUGCGAAAUCGACGUUGAAUAUUUCCCUUUCGAUGAACAAACCUGUUUCAUGAAAUUCGGAUCGUGGACUUAUGACGGAUACAUGGUUGAUUUACGCCAUCUGUCGCAAGUACAAGACUCCAACAAGAUCGAUGUAGGCAUAGAUCUUCAAGAUUAUUACAUAUCAGUGGAAUGGGACAUAAUGAAAGUGCCAGCCGUGAGAAACGAAAAAUUUUAUAGCUGCUGCGAAGAACCCUACCCGGACAUCAUCUUCAACAUCACGCUAAGAAGAAAGACCCUUUUCUACACAGUCAAUUUAAUCAUUCCUUGCGUAGGCAUAUCGUUUCUUUCCAUCCUUGUCUUCUACCUUCCUUCCGAUUCUGGUGAGAAGGUCUCACUCUGUAUUUCCAUUCUCCUUUCCUUGACUGUAUUCUUUCUACUGCUGGUGGAGAUCAUUCCUCCAACUUCCAUAACAGUGCCUCUGUUAGGUAAAUAUUUGCUCUUCACAAUGUUGUUGUGCACUCUCUCCGUCGUCAUCACCAUCGCUGUCUUGAACGUCAACUUUCGAUCGCCCGUCACUCAUAAAUUAGCUCCUUGGGUUCGUCUCUUCUUUAUCGACAUUCUACCAAAAUUCCUCUUCAUCGAGCGACCGAAAAAAGACGACGACGACGAUAACAAAUGUCAAGACAGUAUGCUUACCGACGUCAUCCAAGUCCCAAUGAUGGAAAAAUGCAAACCUUUCGAAAAAACAUCUUUUGACAGUUUCGAUCUGGGUCUUCCACCUCCCUCUAGAUUUGACGUAGCAGCUUCUGGAGGUAUGGGUCCUUGUUUUGGUGAACCUCCUUUUCCUUCCAUGCCCCUCUCAGGUGGCGACGAAGACUUGUACAGCCCAGCUAGUUGUCGGACCAACACUUUUGAUGGUACUAGCGACGCAAGUCCCUCUUUUGAUAAAAUGGACAUACACGACAUGGAGAAGACAAUAGCUGACUCGAGGUUUAUUGCCCAGCAUGUCAGAAACAAGGAUUCUUUUGAAAACGUUGAAGAAGAUUGGAAAUACGUCGCAAUGGUCCUAGACAGACUUUUUCUUUGGAUUUUCACUCUAGCUUGCGUCGUUGGAACAGGACUUAUAAUUUUCAAUGCACCAUCGCUCUAUGACACCACAAAACCCAUUGAUGUGCUCAUCUCAAAAGUGGCUAAGAAGAAAAUGGCUCUUCUGAAAAUGGUUCCGGAAGAGUUGUAAUUGUAGUCCCUCCAAAAAAGGGAUUUGUUGACAUUAAGACUUCAGUUGAGAUAACGAUGAUAAUCAUUAACAUAGUAAUUGUUAUAAUAUGUUACAUGGUACUUGGGUGUGAGCCGUAUGAUGUUGCUGUAGCUAGUUUUUUUAUUGAUAAAACAGAAAACGGCUCAUUUCUCUGUAUUUGAUAAAUCAAUAAUAUUAUAAUGUUGAAGCUGUUUCAUUUAUAAGAUAUUGUAGUUUGCUCAUAAUAUUAUUGAAUAAAUCCUUUUCGAUAUUA